AUGACCGGCUACUUGGUCAUCGACGGCGCUGUUCUCAACCUCACUCCCUAUCUGAGACUCCACAACACUCCCAUCCCAUCCGACAAUGUCGACAUCGCCAUCCGCACCGUCCUCAAAGCAGAUGCCAGUGGCAGCGGAAAAGAUGCUACCCGUCUCUUCCUCAACCGUGCCGACCUUCACUCUGCUGUUCCCUGCCUGAAGCAACGCUAUUACGCCGGCAACAUCGACAAGGUCACCCCUGGUUGUUUCGUCUCCAGUCUUUUCCUCUACGCCGGUCUCAUCGUCAUCCUUGCACUCGUUUUUAUCCGUUUCAUCAUGGCGUGCAUAUUCAACUGGUUCCUGUCAGAGCGCCUUGCCGGUCCCAUCAGCAAGGAAGAGCUGAACCGCUCCGCAAUCAGCCCCGCAGUCAUGCCCGAAGGCGCCAAUAUUUCAGUCGACAACAAGAACGGUACAGCUCCAUGGGCAGGCGGUCAAAAGAAGCUCAGCAAGCCGACCAAAGGGCCUCGUUCCAUCGCAUCCUCCUCAAGCGGUACCUUGAUUGGUUCCGACGCUGGAGUGGCUCCCAUCAUGAGUUUGGCUCAAAUCGGUGCGGAGUUAUUUGCGGUUUGUUUGGUGACCUGCUAUUCCGAGGGUGAAGAGUCGUUGAGGACGACCCUGGACUCUAUCUCAUUGACAACGUAUUCUGAUGCCAGAAAGCUCCUUUUCGUGGUGGCAGACGGAAUGAUUACUGGCGCAGGUGAGAAGAGGAGCACCCCCGACAUCUGCGUCAGCCUGCUCGAGGCUGACCCACGAUUCGGCAAUCCCAUCCCUAUGAGCUACAAUGCUGUUGGCUCUGGCGCAAAGGCUAAUAACCGUGCAAUGGUUUACGCUGGUCACUACACGGUUGCUGGGCGUCGGACUCCGACCGUCAUCGUCGUCAAAUGUGGAACCGAAGCAGAAGCAGCAACAGACAAGAAGCCAGGCAAUCGAGGAAAGAGAGACAGUCAGCUCAUUCUCAUGAAUUUCUUCUCUCGUGUUACCUACAACGAUCGGAUGACGCCGCUCGACUUUGACCUCUUCCGCAAGAUACACAUACUGACGGGGGUCACACCGGACUUCUUCGAAGUUUGCCUGAUGGUUGACGCUGAUACGAAAGUCUUCCCGUCAUCACUGAAGCAUCUCGUCAAUUGCAUGCACCACGACCAAAUGAUCAUGGGCGUAUGUGGAGAGACACGCAUAGCCAACAAGCGACAAUCAUGGGUGACAGCGAUCCAAGUCUUCGAAUACUUCAUAUCCCACCACUUGGCGAAAGCCUUCGAGUCCGUAUUCGGUGGUGUAUCCUGUCUGCCUGGGUGUUUCUCCAUGUUCCGUCUCAAGGCAAGGAAGAACACAGGUGACGACUGGGUGCCAUUGAUUAUCAAGCCCGAAAUCGUCAAGGAGUACAGCCAAAGCGAGGUCACGACUCUUCACCAGAAAAAUCUGCUCCUGCUCGGAGAAGAUCGUUUCCUUACCACCAUCCUCCUCAGAACAUUCCCGAACAGGAAGAUGAUGUUCCUGCCCCAGGCCAGAUGUCGAACCAUAGUCCCAGACACCUUCAAGAUACUCCUUUCCCAACGCCGGCGAUGGAUCAAUUCAACGAUUCACAACCUCAUGGAGCUCGUCCUCGUUCGCAACUUGUGUGGCACGUUCUGCUUCAGCAUGCAGUUUGUCGUGUUCAUGGAUCUGCUCGGAACCGUGGUGCUGCCGAUCGCCAUUGCUCUGACCUACACCCUCAUCGUCGGGAUGGCGAUAUCACCCCCAAAGACCUUUGAGGAAGCUAUCCCGCUAAUGCUCCUCGUCGCUGUUCUAGGUCUUCCGGCUAUUCUUAUCCUCAUCACAACUCGGAAGGUCGUCUACGUCUUUUGGAUGAUGAUCUAUCUUUUCGCCCUUCCAAUAUGGAAUUUUGUCCUUCCUGUCUAUGCUUUCUGGCAUUUUGAUGACUUCUCGUGGGGAGAAACCAGAAAAGUAGAAGGCGAGGCCAAGGGUGAUGGACAUGGAGAUGGAGGGAAAGGUGGUCGAGGUGUGAGGUCCCGAUGCGCAGGUGGGAAGAUUGGGAGCGUUCGAGAUUGCGCAAGUUGA